GUGACAGCGGCAGGGGUGAGGCCGCCGUCGCCUGCCGGGCUGGUUGAUGCUGUGACUGGGGAGGCGCCAGGGUGAUGGCGGUGGAGACUCUGUCCCCGGACUGGGAGUUCGACCGCGUCGACGACGGCUCACAGAAAAUUCAUGCUGAAGUCCAACUUAAGAAUUAUGGGAAAUUUCUUGAAGAAUAUACAUCUCAGUUGAGAAGAAUUGAGGACGCACUGGAUGAUUCAAUUGGAGAUGUUUGGGAUUUCAAUCUUGAUCCGAUAGCAUUAAAGCUUUUACCUUAUGAACAGUCUUCACUUUUGGAACUCAUAAAGACUGAAAACAAGGUCUUAAACAAAGUCAUCACUGUUUAUGCUGCACUUUGUUGUGAAAUCAAGAAAUUAAAAUAUGAGGCUGAAAUUAAAUUUUAUAAUGGUCUCUUGUUUUAUGGAGAAGGAGCUACAGAUUCCAGCAUGGUGGAAGGUGAAUGCCAAAUUCAAAUGGGGAGAUUUAUUUCAUUCUUACAGGAACUGUCUUGUUUUGUUACGAGGUGCUAUGAAGUGGUGAUGAAUGUAGUCCAUCAGUUGGCUGCCCUCUAUAUCAGUAACAAGAUUGCACCCAAAAUUAUAGAGACAACUGGAGUUCAUUUUCAGACUAUGUAUGAGCACUUGGGAGAGCUGCUGACAGUUUUGCUUACUCUGGAUGAAAUUAUUGAUAAUCAUGUCACACUGAAAGACAACUGGACUAUGUACAAAAGGAGAUGUUUUUACAUGUGCUAUGUAGCCUGUAUAGAACAGCAGUUUGAUUCUCUCAAUGGAGGAGUGUCUGUGUCAAAAAAUAGCACUUUCGCUGAAGAAUUUGCACACAGUGUUCGCUCAAUUUUUGCAAAUGUAGAGGCCAAACUUGGAGAACCUUCUGAAAUUGACCAGAGAGACAAGUAUGUUGGAAUUUGUGGACUCUUUGUACUACACUUUCAAAUUUUUCGAACUGUUGAUAAAAAAUUUUAUAAGUCCUUACUGGACAUUUGUAAGAAGGUACCAGCCAUCACUCUAACUGCUAACAUUAUUUGGUUUCCUGAUAAUUUUUUGAUCCAGAAAAUACCAGCAGCUGCCAAACUUCUAGACAGAAAAAGUCUUCAAGCCAUUAAAAUACACAGAGAGACUUUCCUACAGCAGAAGGCUCAAUCACUUACCAAAGAUGUACAGUCUUACUACGUCUUUGUGAGCUCAUGGAUGAUGAAAAUGGAAUCUAUUUUAUCUAAGGAGCAGAGAAUGGAUAAAUUUGCUGAAGACCUCACCAAUAGAUGUAAUGUUUUUAUACAGGGCUUCUUAUAUGCAUAUAGUAUUAGUACCAUUAUUAAAACCACAAUGAAUCUCUACAUGUCCACGCAAAAGCCAAUGACCAAAACCUCAGUUAAGGCAUUGUGCAGACUUAUCGAACUUCUCAAGGCAAUAGAACAUAUGUUCCACAGGAGAAGCAUGGUUGUGGCUGAUUCAGUUUCACAUAUAACACAGCACCUUCAACAUCAGGCUCUUAACUCUAUUUCUGUGGCCAAGAAAAGAGUAAUUUCUGACAAAAAAUAUAGCGAGCAGCGUCUUGAUGUGCUCUCUGCUCUAGUUUUGGCUGAAAACACUCUAAAUGGACCAAGCACAAAACAACGACGGCUUAUCGUGUCUUUGGCACUGAGCGUUGGCACACAAAUGAAAACAUUUAAAGAUGAAGAACUCUUCCCACUUCAAGUAGUCAUGAAAAAGCUGGACCUUAUUAGUGAACUUAGAGAAAGAGUUCAAAUGCAAUGUGACUGUUGUUUUUUAUACUGGCAUCGAGCUGUCUUCCCAAUUUAUUUAGAUGAUGUAUAUGAAAAUGCCAUUGAUGCAGCAAGAUUGCAUUACAUGUUCAGUGCUUUACGUGACUGUGUGCCUGCUAUGAUGCAUGCAAGGCAUUUAGAGUCCUAUGAAAUGCUUCUGGAUUGCUAUGACAAGGAAAUUAUGGAAAUUUUAAAUGAGCAUUUGCUGGACAAGUUGUGCAAAGAAAUAGAGAAGGAUCUGCGACUUUCUGUGCAUACUCAUUUAAAGCUGGAUGACCGAAACCCUUUCAGAGUUGGCAUGAAAGACCUGGCCCUGUUUUUCUCUCUGAAUCCAAUUAGGUUUUUCAAUCGUUUCAUUGACAUUCGAGCUUAUGUAACUCAUUACCUAGACAAGACUUUCUACAAUCUAACAACAGUAGCUCUUCAUGACUGGGCCACUUACAGUGAAAUGAGAAAUUUAGCUUCUCAGCGUUAUGGAUUGGUUAUGACAGAGGCACAUCUUCCUAGUCAGACUUUGGAACAGGGCCUGGAUGUUUUGGAAAUUAUGAGAAACAUUCAUAUAUUUGUGUCUCGAUACCUCUAUAAUCUUAAUAAUCAGAUUUUUAUUGAACGAACAAGCAAUAACAAACAUUUGAACACUAUUAAUAUUCGCCAUAUUGCUAAUUCAAUUCGAACACAUGGCACAGGAAUCAUGAAUACAACAGUUAAUAUCACCUACCAGUUUUUGAAAAAGAAGUUCUACAUAUUUAGCCAAUUUAUGUAUGAUGAACAUAUCAAAUCCAGAUUGAUUAAAGAUAUUCGGUUUUUCAGAGAAAUCAAGGACCAAAAUGAUCAUAAGUAUCCUUUUGAAAGAGCAGAAAAGUUCAAUCGAGGCAUCAGAAAACUUGGAAUAACCCCAGAGGGACAAAGCUACCUUGAUCAGUUCAGGCAACUCAUCAGCCAAAUUGGUAAUGCUAUGGGUUAUGUACGAAUGGUAAGAUCUGGUGGCCUUCAUUGUAGCAGCAAUGCCAUUAGAUUUGUGCCUGAUCUUGAAGAUAUUGUAAAUUUUGAAGAACUAGUAAAAGAAGAGGGUCUUGCAGAAGAAACAUUAAAAGCAGCGAGGCAUUUGGAUUCAGUCCUCAGUGAUCACACACGAAAUUCUGCUGAAGGCACAGAGUAUUUCAAAAUGCUUGUAGAUGUUUUUGCUCCAGAAUUUCGAAGGCCAAAGAAUAUACAUCUCCGAAAUUUCUAUAUCAUCGUUCCCCCUCUGACCCUCAAUUUUGUAGAGCAUUCCAUUAGUUGCAAGGAGAAAUUGAAUAAAAAAAAUAAAAUUGGAGCUGCCUUUACUGAUGAUGGCUUUGCCAUGGGUGUGGCUUACAUUCUAAAGCUUUUGGACCAAUACCAGGAAUUUGACUCACUUCAUUGGUUCCAGUCUGUUAGAGAGAAAUACCUGAAAGAGAUGAGAGCAGUUGCUAGGCAACAGAAUGUGCAAUCAACUAGUCAAGAUGAAAAACUACUACAAACCAUGAAUCUCACUCAGAAGCGACUGGAUGUCUAUCUACAGGAAUUUGAAUUGCUCUACUUCUCACUGAGCAGUGCAAGAAUUUUCUUCAGAGCUGACAAGACUGCAGCUGAAGAAAACCAAGAAAAGAAAGAGAAAGAAGAAGAAACUAAAGCAAGCAUUGGAGACCUGUCCGACAGCACUGUGUCUGCAGAUCCCGUUGUCAAAUGAUACUGAUGGUAUGCAUGCCCCUAAAGUCUUCAGCACUGAGUUGGUACUGUUGCCAGUGAAAUGGAUGUUACACACUAAUGAUGAAAUGUUUCCUGGCCUACAUCUCUGGGAGAUGUUUAGAUGUUGCAACUCUAAGGCAGUGCUCUGAAGAACAUUCUUCUACUUUUCAAAGGUUGAGAAUGAGACUUUAAAAUUAGAGUUUUGCCUGGACUUGUAGGUUAGAAGAUGUGCCUAGGAACAGUUAUGAGAAGUGAGGUUGUAGAAGGGCCGUCCAAAUUUCUAACUUGCCAUCUCGUAUCUCUUAUAAUUGACACGAAUGUUUAGAAUUUGUAUAUGCUUAGGUCUUUGACCCUUAUUUGUCUCAGUAAUUAGAAAUGAAAUGCAUAUACUGUGUACAGCCAGUAAAUAUGUUUAAAUGAAAGAAUUGAGCCGGAAAUUCAUGAAGUGUUAUGUAUCAAUAUUCUUAUAAAAGGAACUAUGAAGGUGGUUUUGAUACUAGAGGGGAGGCACAAGUGUUAUGAGCCCUUUAUGUAUCAACCGACUCAUUGUUAAUUUCACAUGACUCAAGAUCUACUGUUGUCUUUGGAAAUACUUUAUAACUAGUUUACAUUGCUUUGAGAACGUUUAACCUCCAACAACUGCUUGAAGUGUAAGAUUUACUUAACACUCAAGAUGAAAGAAAAUUCAGAUAAAGCCAUAGAGUACUGCUUGAAGCUUCACUUUUGGUUGCAGGCACUGUGUAUAUCAGAGAAAAUUAAAUGAAUUCUUAUGUCUACAUCCAAACUCAGGUUUCUUUUACAUUAGGUUGAAUUGAAAUCUUGAUGAUAAUUUGGGCAGACUUUUUCUUUAAACCAGGUGUAAUCUAAGAUGUUCAAUUAAGCACUGUGCAGGCUUUUAAAAAAUUAGCACUGUGAGAAUAAAAUUCUAAUAAAUCAUUUACUGAUUUAAAAGUACGGAAAGCUGAGUACAUUUAGUUCAGGAAGCUACUACCUUUAUUUUUGUAGUAAAGAUCAUGUCAGUUAAUAGGGAAAUGGUUAAUCAUAGCCUAUAAUCUUUUAAUGUCCCUUAAUAUCCCAGUGCUCCCUUUACAAUGACAAGAAAGUUCAGAGCUUUACAUGGGAUACCAACAUCAUUUUGGGAAAUCCUUUGUCCAUUGCACUUACCCAUUAAGAAUUUCUUUGGGUAAACUCUGCAAGUAACUAUCUGUGUUUGAUUUCCAGCGUUUGGAAUGGGUGUACAGUGAAUGCCUUGUCUGUAUUCGGUGGUUACGGUCAGGGUGACUUUCCCAGCCCAAGACACACACACUGUUCACUGUUAAGUCAGGAGAAACAGAAUAGGUAGGAAAUAUUUUUUGUUUAUUCUGUAAACAUGACUUACAUAAUUAUGUACAAUGGAUGGAUUAAAAGCAUUUAAUAUUUGUAAUUCAUACUAACUGUAGAAAUGGCCCUAAAGCAUGCUGCAUAAUUAGUAAUUUAUAUUUUCAUUAUUGUAAAUGUUUAUAUUAAUGACCUGGGAUUUAAUAGUAUCAAAUUUGUCACUAUUUUAUAGCAACAGUAUUGUUUUUCCUGUUUUUGUUCUCUUUCCUAAAAUUAUCUCCUUUAAUAGGGAUAGAAACUGUAAUUAGAAGAGAAUCAGAUGUCUCUGUUCAUUAUCCCCACAUAUGUCAAUUAUCUUACUAAUAUUAAAGGUCACAUGCUGACUACACAAAUAUCAAUAGUUGAGAAGAAAGCGAAAGAUUAUUAUUUUGCCUCUAAUUCAAAAUAAUAAAUGUCAGUGCAGCCUGGAUAAGGUAUAUAUAUUUGAAAUAAUCUCUGAAAGGAUUAAACAUAGUUAAAUACUGUUAAAGUACAGAGCAACAGAGCUUAAGUGUUUAUACACCUACGUUAAUAUACACAUUUGGAUGAUGGUUUUCCUUGCUAACAUUGCAAUGUUAAUAUUUUCAUUUUUCAGACAUACUGUAAUUUUAAAUUAGUGUGAACAUUUGUAUUCACAGACAACUUAAUGUUCAGAUUCUCAGGAAUUAAAGAGUAAGCAUAAGAUUGUCAAUUCUAAUUAAAUUUUGUAAAGGAUGGCAAGUUCAUUACCUCACUUGAGUGGGGCUUCUCCCUCCAAUUCUAAGAGAAUACAACAUGUAUAAUAAAACAUUAAUAAAUAAAAUUUCAAAACUUUA